UCGGUGACGAAUGCGGAAAUAUGGUUGAAAACAGUCCAGAGGCGCGCUGGGUUUAAUUCAACGACUUUGUUUUAAAAGCAACUUGACUAAACCAGAGCUCCCAGCAUGCAGGAGGACUCGACCCGCAGUCCUAGCUACACAGUGGCAUGUGAGGACUAUGUCCACGUGGUUGAAUUCAGCCCGUUCAGCUCCGGUUCCCCUGCCUCUCUUCUGGCCUAUGGUGGAAACCAGUAUGUGGUGGUGGGCACUUGCCUCUUCCAAGAAGAGGACGUGGAAGUGGAGGGAGUCCAGUUUAGGGUUCUCAGAGUUUUUCAUCAUGAUUUGCGCGUUGAUGCUUUGGCUUGGAGCCCUGAAUCCCGGCUGGACAGAAUACCCACAAUCAGGUUUUGCACGGCGGCUGCUGACAGAAAACUACGCCUGCUGACUUCUGAUCUGCAGGAUCGGCAUGAAGUUAAGGUGAUGGAGGGCCACACAAGCUACAUUAACGAUUUGGUGUUCGAGCCCACCGAGGGGAAACAGAUCGUUUCCGUCAGCGAUGACCACACUUGCAGGCUGUGGGACCUGGACGGAAAUGAAACGGCCGUUCUGAGGCUUCGCUCGCCGGGAGUCAGCGUGUGCUGGCACCCACAGGAAGUGUUUAAGUUAAUGGUGGCAGAGAAGAAGGGGACGAUCCGUUUUUACGACCUGAUCACCCAGCAGGCCAUCCUGUCGCUGGACUGCGGACCCAGCGGGCCGCUCAUGUCUGCUGACUGGUGUCUCACCAACACUAUCAAAGUCGGGGCCGCAGUUGGCACCGAUUGGCUGAUCUGGGACAUCACGCGCUCCAGUUAUCCACAAGAGAAACGACCUGCUCAUAAAGACAAAGCUAGGCUAUUCAGGUGGUCUCUCGCCAAUGAAAGCUUCUUCGCCACCACCGGAUGUCCCGGAAAAGUCAGCAGUCAGGUUUUCAUCCAUCACCUCGGUCACCCACAGCCUGUAACGAUCGGAUCGUCCUCAGUCGGAUCGGGCCUCAGCUGGCAUCGGACGCUGCCGCUCUGUGUGGUCGGCGGUGACAGGAAACUAUGCUUUUGGAUGACCGAAAUGUAGCAGCUCUUCAAACGGAUGCCCUGUUUGUCUUUCCAUUUGUGUUCAAUAAAAUCUAUUUUGACAGGA